UUCUCUCCACCUCUUCCCGCAUCCCAAUUCCAUCGUCUCCUUCUCCACUUCUCCUUCUUCUUCGGAGUUCGGCAAUGGCGGGCAAUGACUGGAUUAACAGUUACUUGGAGGCUAUACUCGAUUCCGGACCGGGGAUCGUCGCCGACAAGGCGUCACUGUUGCUCAGAGAGCGUGGCCGCUUCAGCCCAACUAGAUACUUCGUUGAGGAAGUCAUCACUGGCUUUGAUGAGACUGACCUCUAUAAAUCUUGGGUUCGGGCUGCGGCUACAAGGGGUCCCCAGGAGAGGAAUACUAGGCUGGAGAACAUGUGCUGGAGGAUAUGGAAUUUGGCCCGUAAGAAGAAGCAGAUUGAAAGUGAGGAAGUUCAGCGCAUGUCAAAACGCCGUCUUGAACGUGAAAGAGGCCGCCGAGAAGCAACUGCUGACAUGUCUGAAGACCUUUCUGAAGGAGAGAAAGGUGAUACAGUUAGUGACCUGUCUGCUCAUGGUGGUAGCACAAAAAACCGAAUGCCUAGGAUCAGUUCAAUUGAUGCUAUCGAGGCUUGGGCCAGCCAGCAAAAGGAUAAAAAAUUAUAUAUAGUUCUGAUAAGCAUUCAUGGCCUUAUACGAGGUGAAAACAUGGAGCUUGGGCGUGAUUCUGAUACUGGCGGUCAGGUCAAGUAUGUUGUAGAACUUGCGAGGGCGUUGGGUUCUAUGCCUGGAGUUUAUCGCGUUGAUUUGCUGACAAGACAAAUAUUGGCACCCGAUGUAGAUUGGACUUAUGGUGAACCAACAGAAAUGUUGACUUCUAGAAGCUUCGAUGGUUUUGCACAUGAGAUGGGAGAGAGCAGUGGUGCUUAUAUUGUCCGCAUACCAUUUGGACCAAGAGAUAAGUACAUCCCCAAAGAACUACUUUGGCCACACAUUCAAGAGUUUGUUGAUGGUGCUUUAAGCCACAUUAUGCAGAUGUCAAAAGUUUUAGGCGAGCAGAUUGGUGGUGGCCAGCCAGUAUGGCCUGUUGCUAUACAUGGGCAUUAUGCUGAUGCAGGUGACUCUGCUGCGCUAUUAUCUGGGGCACUGAAUGUCCCUAUGCUAUUCACAGGCCAUUCACUCGGUAGAGAUAAGUUGGAGCAACUUUUGAGACAAGGGCGUCAAACCAGGGAAGAAAUAAAUGCAACAUACAAAAUAAUGCGUCGAAUUGAGGCCGAGGAACUUUCUCUUGAUUCUUCUGAUAUUGUUAUUACAAGCACAAGACAAGAGAUUGAAGAGCAGUGGCAGUUAUAUAAUGGUUUUGAUGUGAUGCUUGAGCGUAAACUUCGAGCUAGGAUCAAGCGUGGAGUGAGCUGUCAUGGCCGCUUUAUGCCUCGCAUGUGUGUAAUUCCUCCUGGAAUGGAGUUCCACCAUAUCGUUGCACAUGAUGGUGACACUGACGGUGAUGUAGAUGGAAACGAAGAUAAUCCCGCUUCUCCAGAUCCACCUAUUUGGUCUGAGAUAAUGCGGUUCUUUUCCAACCCCCGCAAACCUAUGAUUCUUGCUCUUGCUCGACCAGAUCCCAAGAAGAACCUCAUUACAUUAGUGAAGGCAUUUGGUGAAUGCCGUCCUCUCCGAGAGCUUGCAAACCUGACUUUGAUAAUGGGGAAUCGCGAGGUUAUUGAUGAAAUGUCGGGCACAAAUGCAGUUGUUCUUACUUCAAUACUUAAAAUGAUUGACAAAUACGACCUGUAUGGCCAAGUGGCUUAUCCCAAGCACCACAAGCAGUCUGAUGUUCCUGACAUUUAUCGUCUUGCAGCAAAGACCAAGGGUGUUUUCAUCAAUCCUGCUUUCAUUGAACCAUUUGGCCUGACUUUGAUUGAGGCAGCUGCUUAUGGUCUGCCUAUCGUGGCUACAAAAAAUGGAGGACCUGUUGAUAUUCAUCGGGUUCUUGACAAUGGUCUCCUUGUUGACCCCCAUGAUCAGAAUGCAAUUGCCGAUGCUCUUUUAAAGCUUGUUGCUGAUAAGAAUCUUUGGGCGCAAUGCCGGCAGAAUGGAUUGAAAAAUAUUCACCUAUUCUCUUGGCCAGAACAUUGUAAGAACUACUUAUCUCGCAUUGCGAGUUGCAAGCCAAGGCAUCCUCAAUGGCAACGAAGUCACGCAUUUGGAAAUUCAGAGCCAGAGUCACCAGGUGACUCUUGGAGAGACAUAAAAGAUAUAUCGUUAAACUUGAAGCUUUCGAUAGAUGGUGAAAGAGCCAUAGAGAAUGCAACUCUUGAUAAUAUUGUAGAUUCUGAAGAAAGUUCUGCUGAAAGGAAUACCAAAUUGGAGGAAACUUUGAUGAAGGCAUCAAAAGGUCUUGUAAGAUCUGUAAAUAAAGUUGGGUCUGUUGAUAAAACUGAAGAAAAUAUAAAUUCCAGUAAGCUGCCUAUGUUGAGGAGGAGACAACAUAUAUUCGUCAUUGCUGUCGAUGAUGAUACUGACACAGAUCUUAUCAAAACUAUAAAACAAAUUUUUGAUGCUACAAGUGAAGAAAGGAUGUCAGGCUCUGUAGGCUAUGUGCUGUCUUCAGCAUUAACAAUAUCUGAAGUACACUCCAUCAUCAUCUCCGGAGGCAUUCCCGCUACUGAUUUUGAUGCUUUCAUAUGUAACAGCGGCAGCGAGCUUUAUUAUCCUUCUUCAAACUCUGAUGACAUGCUUAGUUCUUCUGAGCUACCGUAUGAACUGGAUGCCGAUUAUCAUUCACAAAUAGAAUAUCGCUGGGGCGGAGAUGGGUUGAGAAAGACAUUAAUUCGUUGGGCUGGUUCGAUUGUUAACACAAAUGGAGACGGUGAAGAGAAAGUUGUUACUGAAGAUGAACAACGUUCUGCUGCUUACUGCUAUGCUUUCCUAGUGAAAGAUCCAGCAUUGGUACCUUCAGUGAAGGAACUCCGGAAGUUUAUGAGAAUUCAGGCACUCCGGUGUAAUGUCAUAUAUAGCCACGACGGAACUAAGUUGCAUGUCAUUCCUGUACUGGCUUCUCGAUCUCAGGCACUCAGAUACUUGUACAUUCGGUGGGAAAUCGAGUUAUCAAACAUGGUGGUAUUUGUCGGAGAAAAUGGCGACACUGAUUAUGAAGGAUUACUCGGCGGAGUCCACAAAACAAUUAUACUAACUGGCAAAUCCGGCAACACUCCUCCUAACCAGCUUCAAGCAAACAAAAGCCAUAGUUUAGAAAACGUUGCGUUCGACGGCCCGAAUAUAAUUCGAACCGAUGCAAAUUUCAGCAGCAAUGACAUAAAAUCAGCUUUGAAUCAUUUGGGCAUAUGAAAAAACAUGAAAAUGUUUUUCUUCGAUUCGUGUACAUAUAUAAAAGUUAAUCAGUUUCACAGCUUUUACUUGUGAAGUAGUUACUCUCUCAGUAAUUGAGAUGUGUUACCCAUAAAGAGUUCUCAGAGCUUGUGAAUAAGUUUGAUGAGGUUCACUUGAAAUUUAUAUAUAUAUAUAUAUAUAUAUGUUUAUGUAUGUAUGGAAAAUUGAGAGUUUAUAUUGAUGGGAAACACUUGUGGAUUUCUGUUUUAUGAUGAUAAUGAUGAAAAUGUUCUUAUGUUAAUGUUUGAAUUACAGUGAUUUUGGUUCA